GGUUCCACUACAUACAGAAGCAGCCGACGUCACCCCUCCCCAAACCAUGUGCGGUACCGUGUCAAGUGUCAACGUAUUUCAACCUUCCUCGAAGGCGAUAUUAGAGAUAUAUAUAACAAAAUCCUACGUAUCAAAUUUAUAUGAGCUACAGCAUAUUAUUACAUAACAUUCAUCCAGACCCUUACUCUUUUCUCAUUGUCUUGGAUGGGAAUUAUUAACUUUGAAUAGUAAUUCAAUUUUUUUUUUUGGAUCUAUUCUAAAAAAUCUAAAAAAUCUAAAACAAUCUAGGGAAUCCCUCCCCAGAACCAAAUUUAUCCACCGACGCGAGGCGUUCUGCACUAUCGAGUCCACGCAUCCGGGACUCGUCACUUUAGAACCGCCGUGCGCCCUACUUCUCCGAGCGUUAAACCGUUGUUGAACGGAUAUUCUUAUUAAUCUUAGCUGGUGGAUCCCCAUACCUGUUGUACAGUAAGAGUACCUACUAGGUUGAAACCUAAGACACAAAGUACUCCGUUUCCAUCCCAUCCGCGGAUUACCUUGGGAUACCUGGGUACCUACCUUGGCUUUGCAUACCCUGGCCGAAGAAAAGGGCUGUGCUUGUGCUUGUUCAUUCACAGACUAAACAAUGGCUUCUACAAACUCUCCUACGGGAGCUUUUCAUCGUAAACCGCUACCCGAUCAGUCCCCUGUCAAAGACAGGCCCCCGAGCCUACCGAGCCUACCCCUGGGGUCAGGGUCACUUGAAGAGUCAAGAGACGGUUCUCCAAGAUCAAAUUCAAAUGAUCUCUCCGACAACACCGCUACACUCCAGUCCAUUCCAACCGACAGUAGAGACUCCUCCGAAAAUGACGCCACAAGUUCUACUCCGAACAAGUUACAGAAACCCGCGCCGGUGACGGACAAGGCACCGCCAUCUGAUGCCGAUGACACAUUUUCCGCUCCUCAACGGGGAUCGACUUUUCAUUUCUUCGAGACCAAGUCAUCCCCACGGCUCAGCAAAGACCAGAGACGGCGAAGUAGCUCUGUUGCAAGUAACAGUCAUAAGGCAUCAAAUUCUCAGACCAAUUUAGGGGUACCUCAGCCGGGUUCGCCAACCCCUGAAUCCAGGGUCCGAAGUGUGUCUGCACAGCCACCUGCUACAAGGCCGGCUCCGGGUUCGGGUUCGGGGUCGGGUUCGGGGAACUUGACGGUCUCCGCAGCCGCACCAGCCGCGUCCCGUCCAGGGUCGAGUAAUGGAGGCGAAAGUCCGACGCGAGAAGCGGAACGGCGAGGGCGCUUGAGAAGAAGUUGGCUACCAGGAGCAAGGUCAAGGUCGCAUUCGCGGAGCCAAUCAAAGACGAUUAAUACUUCAACGGCAUGGAUACUUGGGCAGAAUACAGAUUACAAUACAUCAUUCCUUGCAGACGGGGAAAAGGUCCCAGAGUUGUGGAACGAGAAUGGAAAUGUGUUGAUCUACCUGGAUGCUAAGGGAAAUGGCGGAAAUGCCUCUUUUAAAGUUCCUUCGUUUGUCGUGGAUUAUUCACUGGUAUUCGUCGAUCUUAUGGAAGCCGAGAUGACAUCGCCUACCAGCUCAGGAAGGAGUCGUACCCGUAGUUUUACCGGUCGAGAUAGUCUGUCUGUCGAUGAUGCAACAAGAAGAGUUCAGUCACCCACAUUGUCCGAACCAGAGGUGUAUGGGGAGUCGCGUCUCUAUCUUCCUGUUUCUAUGUCCGAUCCAGGCCAUAGGUCACAAGCAGACAUGGAGCGACUGAUAUCGAUUCGAAAUAUGUUCGCGUUUUUGACCGGCCAGCCGCUGGUGUGUACCAAGGAACAACCAACGCUCUUCAGCGUCUUCAUCAACAUAUCCAGCUUACUCAAAGAAUUCGAGUUCACGAACGCUGACGGGUCGACCUUUGGAGAUGCUGUUGAGAUGAGUUUUGGCUUUUUCAUGGACCAGAUGGGGCUUGCGGAUGUGAGACAUAGCAGGGAGAAGACGAUAGAAUCGCUCAUUCUAGGCGAACGGAUGCGCUCAAUGGCCCUCUACAAUGAAGCGUUUACUCAUGCUGUUGGCAAAUACUCAGCAAUUAGAGACUUGAAUUCGCCGUUAUGGGAACAAGUUUCUGUUACCACUCGCGAACGACUAGAACGCGCAUAUAUAGAACUAGUGAACCGCCAGAACGGAGUCAAUAAUAGGCUGGAAUCGUUCGAAUUUCCGGCCUUAUUUUCUGGUGUCGCUAACUCGACGUCCCGUUCAGAAUACAAGGAGGUCAAAUAUCAUACCUGGAGGAGAUCUUUCGGCCGCAUGAGACAAUUUGCCCUUAACUAUUACAAAUCUACUUUUGGGAGUUGGCCGCCAAAGGCUCGCAGCAAGAAAAACCCAUUUACCGAGAGUGGCUUGAAUAGGCAGGUUUUGAAGAUAAUGUACUCGGACUUCUGCGCGCUCUACGACCUUCUCGUCGACCGCGAAUCGCUAACAACACGAGUAAUUGACCAAAACGCAGAUGAGACCACUAGUCAUAAGAAUCCCCACCUGUCAGCUAUGCGCAGGGUCCUUACAGAAUUUGAUCAAUCCUCGCCUCCUGUACUCCCUCCAAUUCCAUUCGAUCUUCCUAAGUUGCCCGACAUGACCAGUGUUCAGGAGAACUUCUACGAGCUCUCUGCCAAAGAACAAGCGCGGUUAGGCAAUAACUUGCAGGAAUAUCAGACGCUCUUAAUCUUGAACAAGGCCUACGACUUCGAGACAUACAAGUUGGACAUCCCGUUCCUUAAGGAGUUCAAGGAGUUUGAACACAAAGAAGCAAAAGGCAAAACGGCUGCGGAAAUGGCAGAUCAACGUCUUGGCUACUGGCUAUUCCUAUACGUUAUUAUCCAGUCGCUUCCGAUGCUGGUAGUGGAUGCUCCCGGUCUACAGUUCACGGAAGGCGUCGAAUACUUCCUCUGUCAGCCACCAAAGGGUCAGGCGCCAUGGAUAGAAGAUGCACCGGCGGUGCGCAAGAGAUGGUAUGAAGUGGCCGGUGGAGGUGGCUUGGUUGAGCUUUCAACCGAUGCCGUAGAGUUUAGUAUCGAGGGCAUCUACCACCGUAGCCACUGCUGGCUAGUAGCUAAACGCUGGGAGGUUGGAGAAGACAUCGGUCCUAUGAUACAACAAGAAAGUCUAUCACCACUGCCACCGCCACAGUCCGUUUUUGCCGAUAUGGAUCCAGGUAUCUCAGCAAGCCCGCCGCCUCUAGUCAACCGGAGCGAGUCUCCCCAAAGUGGUCCUCCUGGUCUGGCACUUAGGCAGAGAACUGGUUCACCAGGCGGUAGGAAUCCUAACUACCGAAGUAGCGUAGCUUUCGGGCUUGAGCCCAUCCCGAUGCCUGAAGAUGACUUUUCAAUGCUGGGGUCGCGAAUCUCUAGUGCUAGAGGCCCGUCUCCGGCUCCACGGCCGGUCAGUACUAUGAUGAGUCGUAGCAGAUCUUCGGGCAAUCUACAUGGUCUCCCAGGUUCCCCUAUUCAAGGACCUCAUGAUUCGCGGAAUAGUUCAAGGCAGGGCUCUGUAGGAGGAAGCACUUUUGAUGAUAUUCUAAAGGACAUGGAGAGAAAGCCGAAGAAAAAGAAGGGCUUUUUCUGAUUUUGCUGGAUUACGAUUUACGAUUUUCUACUUCCUUUCCUAGGGAAACGCGAUUUAUCUUUUUCUUGAGGCAGAAGCAUGCAUGGUUUGAAUAUUGACCUAUAAUGGGACAUACAGGAGAUCGGAAAAAAUUUAUACAUAUAUAGUAAUACUUGCAUAAAACGGAUUCCGACGCCAUGAUCGGCUUCGAGUACGUUUGUCGAUUUGACUAAUAAGCAUAUCAUUAUUUAAUUAUCUACCUAUGCCCCGAACAGGGGUUUGUUAACUUUGCCUCAUAAAGUCAGCUGGAUCGAUGUCACUAGGUGACGUAUGACUUCGACGAUCCCAUGGAAUGUACCUGAGAUGUUGAGUUCUAAUCUAAGUGUUUGCUUUAGGUACUUAGGUAGCUUAGGGUGUUGGCAUCAAUAUAACAAUGAGGGAACGGGUAGAAAUAUUACACCCGCAUUAUAAAACUUCAACAUCUUCAUCAACUUUUAAUAUGACGCGUAGGUGGUAUCAAGUGGCAG